AUGGAGUCGAUUUUACCAAACUUUAUUACUUCCCCUGAGGAUAUGGAAAUUAUUAUGGAUGUCCCUAAAGAGUUAUGGACCCUAGAAGAUUUGCAGCUGCAAGAAAGUGAUGGAACCGAGCAGUACCUGUCUCCAACCAUAAACCCUAUGGGGAUUUCUCCGAAGCAACAUGAUGUCUCACAGGAAACACCUCUCAUCAUUUCACAGGAAGCUACUCACAAAGGGCAGGAGGUUCAGCCUUCAGACCUACAUCCAUGGACAUAUGGACCCCCUUCAAAAGGUCAAAGUAGCAUAUUGACUGAACUCCCUUCAUGGCAGGAAAGUACUUUAAAAGGGGAAGACGCUGAACCUACUAAAGCCCAUCACUCAGUGGACACGUUUCUACCAAAAGGUCAACAUCAGCCUUCUGACUCGCUGCCGUUCUUUCCACAUAAUGGUAUAAAGGGACAUAGCAUUUCAUUUUCAAGCCAAAUAGCCGAAGAAGGAUAUCCACUUAAACUUCCAGGAUGGACAUCCCCGUCUCCCUUGGAAGUGUUGGAAAGACCAUUCACAAUGAUACCAUUAUGGACUGAACUUAAUUCUGAAACCUCUACUUCUAACAGGGCCUCGGUGUCUAGAGCCGACUUUCCAAACCUACAAGAAGAUGUCACUAUGUCAGAGGCAUCAUCUUUAUUUGAAAACAACAAGUCCUUGCGAGUUCCUAGUCUUCCACCACUCAUGAUUGCCACUGUUGUUAGAACAACAACUCCAUCGCUCCAUGAUACCUCUUCAGUUUUAACGCCCACAAUAUCAAAUAGCAACGUUGCUUUGGGUGAAGAAGAACGUUCUACACAAAGGUUUCCAUGGCCACCAUCUACAACCAGAAGGAUGCCUGACAUACCUACAGUUGUUCAAAGCUCUUCAAUCCCAGGGUUAUCAAGAACUCUCCUACCUCAAGAAGUACAGUCGGUAUCAGCUGAUGGGCACAAAGCAUCACUCAGUACCCACAUGCAGUCAAGUCAGAUUCAGACCUACGGGAGGUUAAGUAGAGGAACUUAG